UAUAUUUAGAGGCAACUUCAUUUUUGGUUGAAGUGAUUUGCUGUAUUUAAAUAUUCCAAAAACAUACAAGAAAAUUGUGUAAUUAUUAUAAUUACAAAAAACAAAUUAAGAGCCCCUUUGGAAAGUACAAAAAAAAAAUUUAUGAAAUCUACAUACAUUUAUAUAAAAAUUUACUAAAAAUGAAGAGAAACAUUAAUAAAUAUAUCCUUUUUGUGUUUAUUAUACCAUUUGCUGCUGGUUCUUCUUUAAGAGAAGUCUCAAAAGCAAGAUGCAUUAUUAAUUAUAAUGAAUUGAGAGUUACAAAAAAUUUGGGUGAAACAUGGAGUACAAAUGAUCCUUGUAUUAAAAUGAUGUGCGAUUUAGAUGAAGAUGGAAGACCUAUUGAAAAAAGUAUUCACGAAGUUUGUCCAAUUUGUGAAGAGGAUUUCGAAUUAAUGGAAGAGCUGGGAACUUGUUGUGGUAAAUGUAUUCAAAGAAAAUGUAAAUAUGAAAAUAAAAUUUAUCCUAUUGGUUCGACAUGGAGAAGUGAUGAUAAUUGUACAAUUCUUCAAUGUGAAGAACACAAUAAUACACCAUUAAUAUCAGCUUAUCAAAAAUCUUGUCCGAAAUUUCCAGAACAUUGUCCAAAAUAUGCAAUUUAUGAAGAAGAUUGUUGCCUUUAUUGCAAAAAACAAAUCCGUGAAAUCAAAAAAUCAAUUGUAGAAGACAAUAUUUUUAAUGAAAACUAUUAUAAAAAUCAUCCAUGCAAUAGAGAAUGCCAAGUUGAAGCAGAGCCAAAGGUUUGUCAUUAUGAAUUCGAAAUAGAAUGGUAUGAAACUUUAAGUAAAGCUUGUUUCGAUUGUCCACAUAACAGAACAGAUUGCUUUAGACCUCAUUGUAUUUUCGCGGAUGGAAUUCGACGUAGUAUUACCGUAGUAAAUCGUAUGAUGCCUGGACCAUCUAUUGAAGUUUGUAUAAACGAUACAAUUGUUGUAGAUGUGAAAAAUUCAAUGUUAGGUGAAAGUACAACGAUACAUUGGCAUGGAUUACAUCAAAAAAGUAAUCCAUAUAUGGAUGGUGUUCCACAUAUUUCACAAUGCCCAAUUCUUCCACAUGGAACAUUUAGAUACGUUUUUAAAGCAGAAAAUAUUGGAACACAUUUUUGGCAUUCUCAUGUUGGAAUGCAAAGAGGGGAUGGCACUUUUGGACCAUUAAUAGUGAGGCAACCAAAAGCUCUUGAUCCUCAUGGUAAAUUAUAUGAUUUUGACGAACAUAUAAUUACACUUCAAGAUUGGGCUCAUGUAACUGGAGCUUCUAUGUUUGCAUCUCAUCAUCAUUCAGUAGGUGAUAAUAAACCUCCAAAUAUUUUGGUAAAUGGAAAGGGUAGAUAUUUCCCAGCUUUAUCAAAAGAGGACUCGAUUAUAAGUCAAAUAAACAAUAACGAAACAGAAGGUGAAACUAUUAAAAGUACGAAGGAGCCGCAGCUAAAAGCAGUUAAAGUUUAUAAUGGUGAUGAUAAGGAAAUUUAUGAAACUUUGACAACUACAGAGAUUACUAUUUCAAAUAACUCAAUUGAAAAUCGUAAUCCCGAAGAUGAUUUUAUGUUAUUUCAAUCAAACCCAGGACGUAAUAUGAAAUUACAUGAAGUUAUAUUACAGCCUUUAGUAAAACGUGAAAAAAGAUCAAUUCUUACUUCAGAAUCAGAGACGCCACUAGAAACUUUUACCGUCGUUGAGGGUUUCAGUUAUCGCUUUCGCUUGAUAAAUGCAGAAUAUCUAAACUGUCCUAUGGCAGUUUCGAUUGAUAAUCAUACUUUAAUAGCAAUCAAUUCUGAUGGGUAUGAUUUUAAAGCUGUUGAAGUAAAAUCAAUAGUGUCAUAUGCUGGGGAAAGAUUUGAUUUUAUUGUUGUUGCAAACCAACCAGUUGGUAAUUAUUGGAUAAGAUUCAAAGGUUUAAUGGAUUGUGAUGAAAGAUUCACAAAAGCUUUUCAAGUAGCUAUUUUAAAAUAUGAAGGUGCAGAAGAAUCAGAUCCAAAAGGUGAAGAACCAUCUUAUGAUCAUACACCAGAUGGUAUUCAAUUAAACCCUUUAAAUAAAGGCUCGGGAGAAAAUAAUAGCUUAACUUUAGCCGAAAUCGAUUGUUUAGAUGAACACACCGAUGACGAUUGGAUUCUCCAUAAAGAACCAGAUUACAAAUUUUAUGUUUAUUAUGAUUUUUAUCCAAAAGAUAAUCCUCAUUUUCAUAAGAAAGAUCUUUAUGGAUUUGGUAAUGUGUCUAAUCCAACAAAAAAUAAUUUAUUUACGCCACAAUUAAACCAUAUAAGCUUAAAAAUGCCGUCUUUAACAUUAAUGCCCGAUAGAAAUAAAUUAAAUGACUCUAUGUUCUGCAAUGAAACAACAUUUUCUGAAAAAGGAAUAGAUUGCAGACAAGAAUUCUGUGAAUGCUAUCAUGUCUUACAAGUGACUCUUAAUGCUACCGUUGAAAUAAUUUUAGUAGAUGAAGGUAUUGCUUAUGAUGCCAAUCAUCCAUUCCAUCUUCAUGGUUAUGGUUUUAAAGUUGUCGGAUUAGAACGAGUUGGCAAAAAUGUUACAAUUGAACAGAUCAAAGAAAUGGAUCGACAAGGUUUAUUAAAAAGGAAAACAAGUAAAGCUAUAUGUAAAGAUACAGUAACAGUACCUGAUGGUGGUUAUACUAUAAUACGUUUUCAAGCUAAUAAUCCUGGAUAUUGGCUUUUCCAUUGUCAUAUAGAAUUUCAUGCUGAAAUUGGUAUGGCACUCAUUUUAAAAAUAGGUGAUCAUAACCAAAUGACACCAGUCCCAAAUAAUUUCCCAUCAUGUUUUGAUUAUAUUCCAAAAGUUAAUGAAAUUGAUGGAAGUAUCAUUGAAGAUGAGCAAAACAAAAGUAUAGCUUUAAAACAAAUUCAUUUAUCAUUGACAAACAGUAUUGUGAUAAUUUUAGCCUUAGUUAUAUCAAGUCAUAGUAUUAUUUUUUAAAUGUUAUACUUAUAUGUUUGUAUAUAUAUGUAUAUGUAGAUAUAUACCAGUAUGUAUUUUAUUUAUUUAGGGAGAAUUAUUUAAAAAUAAUAUUUAAG